GUCAAGCAAAAGCAAGAGAAGAAAUCUGCCAUGGACUCCCUAAAUUCAACACUCUCUGUUUCUUCUUUUGUACAUCCUGCAUUCUUUUUCAUCAGGGGCGUUUCCAACAUACCUCAUGUCAAAUACUACUAUAUUUUCCUGUGCUUUGUGUUUGUGGUCACUGUGUUAGGGAACUCCUUUGUCAUGUUUAUUAUAUGCACAGAGCGCAGUUUUCACACCUCAAAGUAUCUUGCUCUUUUUAAUUUAGCUGUAGCUGACUUGUGUGGAAGUACUGCUCUCAUUCCUAACUUAAUUAAAACAUUUCUUUUUGACUCCCAGUACAUCUCCUUUAAUGCUUGCUUAGCCAAUAUGUUUUUUGUGUUUUUCUUCAGCUUUAUGGAGUCUCUCACUCUUACUGUUCUGGCCUAUGACAGAUUUGUUGCAAUCUGCUUACCACUCAGAUACCACACCAUUAUCACCAAUACAAAUAUGGCUGUGAUGCUAUCAGUUUUAUGGACAUACACAGCAGUAUUUCUCAUUUGUACAAUAUUUUUCAUUACUAGGCUGUCCUUCUGUAAAACCAUUGUGGUAGAUAGCUAUUUCUGUGAUCAUGGGCCGGUAUUUAGACUGGCUUGCAAUGACAAUUAUCCAAACCAUAUUAUAGCAUAUGUGGGUAUAACAUUAUUCCUUUAUAUACCAUUUGUUUUGAUUCUGUUAUCUUAUGUGUUCAUUACACAUGCACUGUUUAAAAUUGCAACGUGGGAAGGACGAUUUAAAGCUUUGAAGACCUGUUCCUCCCACCUAAUGCUGGUGGCUAUAUAUUAUUUUCCAGUAGUAGGCACCUACAUUGCUGCACUGCAUUUUACCAUUCAUCCUAAUGCCAGGAUAAUAAACACAUCGCUUUCUUUUGCUAUACCACCAAUGAUGAAUCCAAUUAUUUAUGUUCUGAAUACAGAGGAGAUUAAGGAAUGCACAAAAAAACUUUGGGAAAAUACACGAAAUAAUUCUGUACUGUUUGUGAAGCUGUGA